AUGGUUGGCGCGGCGCAGUAUUUGGACGAUGAGAUCGACUGGGUUCUCUCCGCCGUCGUCGGGAAGAAGAAACAGUCGUACAUCCAGACGCACUUUCAUGAAAGGUUUGGCCGCCACUUGAACCAUAACCAGAUUCGAUAUAUCAAGAACAAGUAUGGCAAAGACCCAAGGUUCAAGACGGCCGUAUCGCCCAAGCCUGGUGGCUCAGAGGAGCAGAAGGACGAAGGUGAGCAAGCCGACAAGGACGAGCUCAAUCUCAGAGACUCCAGCAAAGCUUGGCCAUCGUCAACAAGUAAGGUAGGACAACGGAGAAGCGAGCUAAGAGACGAAGCGACGACGACCACUCGCACAACACGCAUGAAGCGCAAGAAGAGCGCCGACGACUCGAGCCAUCUUCGCGAAAGAUUGAUCAAGAAAAUCGCCGGACCGCAGCGAGCAGACCUUCACCCCGAACAGCCUGCCGCCCCAGAGCCUGCUGUCCCAAGGGCCGCCGCCCAAGUCAACAAGCCGCUGCAGCAGUGGAAAAGCAGCACGGCGGCGGCAGGCCUCCAGUCUACUUCCGCGUUGCGCAUCCGCUCGGCCUCUCCGCUGGCAAUGUCCCUGGCGGACAACUACUUCGAUGCUCUGCAGACCGGUGGACACGGCGACCUCCUGCCCUCACCACAACAGCAGCAGCAACAACAACAACAGCAAAACACCCUGCAGUUCCUCCACACAAACGACAUCUUGACGGCUUCUCCUGUGCCACGGAGCGUCUGGGCAGCAGCCGGGAAGCAAGUGACUUUCCCGAGCGGCGGCAACGCGGUUCCCGAGGCAUACAUGUCCAUCUAUCCUCCUGCUACGACGACGACGAUGGAGGAGCUCUAUCAUCGUCCUGACGGGCAGACCGCCAGCGUCAUGUCCCAGAUACCCGUAACCACGCAGUAUCAACAGCUUCAGAUGCCGCCGCCAAGUCAGACGGCCAUGCCCUUUUCCGCUCCGCACUUCUCGCCUGCUCUGCCGGACCUCGCUCCAUCCCCCUUUCAGCACUACCGGGAACAACAACUCCAGCAUCCACAUCAGAUGGUAGUAACCCAGAACGAGCGGCAUCAACAGUAUCACAUCAACGUCUCCAGCGCCGCCGCCCAACCGUACCCUCACCUCCUCCCCAUCUCCGAGACAGAAGCGUCCCCGAAUCUGGACAACAACAUCAACAACAACAGCCUCUCCGCCAUUAUCCCAUAUCAACCCAUGCCGACGACCUUCCAGGAUCUGCCCGCCAACUCGCCAUCAUCCCAACACAUCACCACCACCAACCUUCCCAUCCUGACGGCCCCUGGAGGAGGAGGCGUCACCGCCGAGCACCACUAG